CGAUAGCUUGACCUGCGAAAUGGCCAUCACGGAGUACAAGUACCUCACGCCGGAGCAGCGUGAGCACUUCCUGGAACACGGAUGGGUGAAGAUCCCAAAGGCGGUUAAGGCGGAGUACGUGAAGGCGUUUACGGAGAACGUCUUUGUGAGGCUUGGGUACGACCCGGAGGAUAAGUCAACGUGGACGAAGGAGAAGAUCCAUAUGCCGCGGCAUCGCGAGAUUCCGACGCGGGAGUUCAUGCCGAAGGCUUGGGGUGCCAUGUGUGAAUUGCUGGGCGGUGAAGACAGGAUAGACCCGACGCUCUUCGAGAGUUGCGGAGACAGUCUGAUCGUGAAUCUCGGAUCGGAUGAGUGGGUCGAUAAAACGAUCGAGCCAAAGGAUUUGGGGAAUUGGCACAUUGACGGGGACUGGUUCACGCACUUCCUGGACUCUGGGGAGCAAGGAUUGACGGUGAUUGUACUCUACAACGACAUCAAACCCCGCGCAGGGGGAACGUAUGUCGCCCCAGACGGCAUAAAGAACGUGGUGCGAUACUUGUACGAACACCCUGAAGGCGCAAGCGAGAUGCCUCAAGAUCCCGAUGGAAGCCGCUCCUGCUGCUCCAUCCAGACGUGCAAGGAGUUCGUCGAGCUUACAGGCGAAGCGGGAGACGUGGUCCUCAUCCAUCCCUUCAUGCCGCACUCUGCGUCGAAGAACCACCUCCGGAUUCCCCGCUUCAUAACGAACCCUCCCGUGACACUCAAAGAACCCCUCAACUUCAACCGACCCAACCCAGCUGACUACUCCCUCGUGGAGCUCAAGGUUCUACGGGAACUCGGGGUCGACGCGCUGCCCGAGUGGAAGAUCGCCGCGCCCCGGAUGCGCUUCACCCCCCGGACGCGCGCGGCCAAGGACGCGAUGAUCCUGGACGAACUGGAGCGGAUGAAGGCGCAUGCGCUCAAGACCGGGGGCACGGUCGACAGCAUGCACAUCAACGGGCCUGUGCCGUACGCGACAGUCGUCGCGUCGGGCUGA